CCCAGCACAUGACCCGGGCGGGCCGGCGGGGUCCCGGCAGACCCGAGCCGCGUCCCCAGCACGGACCAUGGCCUCCCCGCGCCUGGGGACCUUCUGCUGCGCCACGCGGGACGCCGCCACGCAGCUGAUGCUGAGCUUCCAGCCGCGGGCCUUCCACGCGCUGUGCCUGGGCAGCGGCGCGCUGCACCUGGCGCUCGGCCUCCUGCGGCUGCUGCCCGGGCGCCGGCCCGCGGGCCCCGGGCUCCCCUCGGCCUCCCCGCCGGCCGCGGCCCGCGCCCCGGCCUCCGCCCGCAUCCUGCGCGCCGCCGCCGCCUGCGACCUGCUCGGCUGCCUGGGUAUCACAGUCCGGUCUAUGGUGUGGUUAGGGUUCCCGAGUUUCGUGGACGGCAUCUCAGCCGUGAACGGGACAGACGUGUGGCCCGCCACCUUUUGCAUGGGGAGUGCGAUGUGGAUACAGCUGCUGUACAGCGCCUGCUUCUGGUGGCUGUUUUGCUAUGCGGUCGAUGCCUACCUGGUGAUCCGGAGAUCGGCGGGACUGAGUACCAUCCUGCUCUACCACAUGAUGGCCUGGGGCCUGGCCGCGCUGCUCUGCGUAGAAGGAGCAUUCAUGCUGUACUACCCUUCCGUGGCCAGGUGUGAGAGGGGUCCGGAGCAUGCCAUCCCCCACUACGUCACCACGUACUUGCCUCUGCUGCUCGUCCUCGUGGCCAACCCCAUCCUCUUCCGAAAGACAGUGACUGCAGUGGCCUCUUUACUGAAAGGAAGACAAGGAGUUUACACGGAGAACGAGAGGCGGAUGGGAGACGUGAUCAAGACCCGAUUUUUCAAAAUAAUGCUGGUUUUCAUUAUUUGUUGGGUGUCGAAUAUCAUCAAUGAAAGCCUUUUAUUCUAUCUUGAAAUGCAACCAGAUAUCAGUGGAGCCUCUUUGAGACAGGUCAGAAAUGCAGCCAAGACCACGUGGUUCAUGAUGGGGAUACUGAAUCCAGCCCAAGGGUUCCUGCUGUCCCUGGCCUUCCACGGCUGGACAGGCUGCCGGCCGGCUUUUCGGGCUCCCAGGAAGGAGAUCCAGUGGGAAUCGAUGAGCACGUCGGCCGCCGAGCGGGGUCCCCCGUCCCCGAAGGGCUCCCGUGAGGCCCGGGAAAGCCGCGCUGCCGGGAAGGAGGUGCGGGCCGGCGGACACACUUCCGACGAGGCCUUGAGCCUGCUGUCUGAAGGUUCUGAUGCCAGCACAAUUGAAAUCCAUGUUGCAAGUGUGUCCCGCAACGGAAAGGAGACUGAGUCUGUUCCAAAAGCCCAGGGAGACCUGUGAGAGAACGAGACAGAGGUCCAGACCCCGUCUCCCUCCGACUCCACGUUUCUCAUCCCUUAGGACUGUGUUCUCGCCUGCAUCAGCGCAGUGCAGGGUGUAGCAUCCCCCCAGAUCUCACUCCCAUCACCACGUUAGCGUAUUCCCCAGGACCCUCUUUGUGGUAGGAGGGAUGAUCCGUGAGCCUGCGCUUGGGGAUGGCAGGGGGAGUCCUUCGAGAUCAGACACUCUGCAGCUUCUCCAGACUCUCCACUGACAUUAGUUUUUCUGAUCUGGCUGUAAUGUUAAAUGCCAGAUGCAGGUCCUUGGAAAAGUUAAUAAAAGUAGCUGUGUCCGA